UUGACCGAUGCACAAUGCUGUUGACUGAGUGGGAAAAUGUAGCCUGGCUUUGCCAUGCAUUUCAAAUAGCUAAAAAGUUUCCAUUUAAUUUUCCACAGUCACUACUGAUCCUGACAUAAUCUGCUCAGACUGCCUCUUGAUCCAACUCAUGAGAAAUGUGCAGUCUUUCUCGCCCAGCUAUCAAAAGGCAGACGGAGAUGGGCCGGUCACGGUGGGCCAUGACACGGCCGUUCAGAACUACAACAACGCCAAAGACAAGAACCUGAAGCGACACUCGCUUAUCAACAAGAAACGGAAGGAGAACAGCGUGACCCACCUCAACAACGAGAACCCGGAGAAGCCUCAGUCAUGCACCAACCUGUCCACCCUUACCCAGUACCAGUGUCCCCCAGACCUCAUCGAGAGCUCAGACAACGCCGCCUCGCCGGUUGAGAAGGCCCCCCUGACCAUCUCCAACAUGGCCGCCCGACAUUUUAUUUUACCUUUAUUUAACCAGGCAAGUCAGUUAAGAACAAAUUCUUAUUUUCAAUGACGGCCUAGGAACGGUGGGUUAACUGCCUUGUUCAGAGGCAGAACGACAGAUUUUUACCUUGU